AUGGGCGACGAAUACUUUGAGGAUGAAUAGUACUCGGGAUUAGAGGAAGAAUAUAACAAUAAUAUCUAUAAUAAUGUCACGUUAUUGAGUGCAAAUGACCUUUAUUAAGAAUUCAAAGGUCGGCUAGAAAUUAUCAAAGAUAAGAUUGGAGAGACAUCUUAAGUUGUUUUAAAUGUACUAAAAUAAAGAUAUCAAGAUAUUAAUCUUUUUCAAUUUUGAAGUUACAACCAUAUAUGACAAACUGUUGCUAAAUGACGAGUCUGGAUAAAUCAAAAUUUAACUUGAGGAAUAAGGCAUUUUCAAGGAAUCCCAUGUGAACAUUAAUGACAACCUCAUUUGUUCAAUUUGUGAAUCGACUAACACUUAAGGUUUUAGUUUAAAUUGCAAUCAUAAGUUUUGUAAGAAUUGUUGGAAUCAAAUGAUUGAGAUCUAAUUCUCAAGUCAAAUACCUUUGGUGAGAUGUUUACAAGAUUAAUGUUUUGAGAGAUUGCCUCAUUCGUUUUUAGAAUAAUACCCUAAAUAUAAGCAAAUAAUAAUUAAGAGAUUUAUGCAACAUGAUGAUUAAAUUACUUGGUGUCCAGGUAAAUUUUUAAGUUAGAACGAUAGGAUUGAAUUGUGAGAAUGUUUUUAAGUGUUUGAAUUUUUCGUAUUCAAUUAAAUGUCCCUGUGGCAUCAAAUUUUGUUCUAAAUGCAGAAAUGAAAAACACCAUCCAAUCCCAUGUGAUAUUCUAAAAAAAGUCUUAGAAUACCAGCAAUCAAAUGAUUAUUGGGCAAUAAUACAUGCAUCUAAGUGUCCCCAAUGUGGAAGACUUAUCUAACGUACAGAGGGUUGCUUUCACUUGAAAUGUUUAUGUGGUUAGCAUUUUUGCUUUAAAUGCUCAGGACCUUGGGCAAAGGAUCAUGAGCAAAGUUUUUACACAUGCCCGUAUAUGAAUACAAAUAAGAAUCCAUCCAAAUAUGCCGUAUAAUUGAAGGAAGAACUUUAGAGUAUUAACAACAAUAUCCGAAUCAUCGAAUAGUCAGUAAAAACGUUGAAAUAGUAAGUUAAAAAGGUUUUGUUAGAUGAUCUUUUAGAGUAUUCAGAGAAGGCUAUAUAACUUUUCAAAACAUCCAAAUCGUAUUAUGUAAUUGAAUAUAUUUAGAUUUUUGUUUUAUAAAUUCCAUUUAAUGGAAAAUAAGGAUGUUCAAAUGUACGAAUAAACACUCUAAUGUUUUCAAGAGGAGUUGAAUAUUUGCUUAUUAAUUAUUCAGAAGAAGGUCUUAGAUGUUCAAGACAAUGAAUCUUUAAAAGAGAGAACGACACUUGAAUACAUCAAUUUCGAGGAUUCAGAAAAGAAAGUCUUAAGGAAUUUAAAAAUAAAAAAAUAACUUAUCAAAAAAUAUAUAAUUGAAACUUUAAUUAAGUGA